GUACACCGCGCCGGGGCGGGCUCCUCCUUCUCUUUCUCCUCCUCCUCCUCCUCCUCCGCUCCGAGAGGCGAGGUGGUGGCGGACGUGAUGCCGGUGGGCAGAGCCGUGCCAACAGCACGCAGCCUGGGCAAGGUGCUGGCUCCGGGCGCGAGCAGACACUUCUGGGGGUGGCUGAACGCCGUGUUCAACAAAGUGGACUAUGAACGCAUACAAGCAGUUGGACCAGACAGGGCAGCUUCAGAGUGGCUGCUGCGGUGCGGUGCCUUGGUGCGCUAUCAAGGCUCUGAGAAAUGGCAGCAGGACUACAACGGUCUCCCCACUGGGCCCUUGGGGAAAUACAAGAUAGAAGCAAUUAAUGCCACCGAGUCUUGUAUCAUGUACAGAGGAUUUGACUAUUUGGAUGGUCUCGAACAUGUUUCAGAAAUCAAGCUGCAGAAGUGUAUUUACAUACAAGACGAGUGUCUGAAGAGGCUCAGUGAGACUAAGAAUCUACAGAAGAGUCUCCUGCAACUGAAGAUAAUUUCCUGUGGGAACGUCACAGAUAAAGGCAUCAUUGCACUUCACAAGCUGACGAACCUUGAAUAUUUGUAUCUGAGUGACCUUCCUGGAAUAAGACAGAAAGAAACUACUGCUCGCGUCCUUCAGCAGGCACUGCCAAACUUAGAGCUGGAGCUGGAUUUAGAAUAAAUGCAAUUUCACAUAAAUGAAAGGUAUUUGAUUUCAUAGUAUUUAUCAUAUGUUGCAUAAAUGAAGUUGUAGAUGUUACCAUAUUUGCAGGUAUGGAAAUAAGCCCACAUCUCUCAAUCCAGCCUUAAAAGCUGUAUGCAAUCUGUUGACAAAAUAUGGAAAUUAAAUUUCACUGUGCUUAAACUAUGUGGUGAACCAACAACCGUGAAGGCAGGAUUCUGUAUAAUUUUAUUUUCUGAUUUUAUAGGAGCUGUUAAUUCAUCAAUUAGAAGUUAUAAAAUAUUUCAUUGCACGGAAAUUCAAGUGCAAAAUGUCAGUGAAAAGAAUGUCAGUGUUGUGAAACAGCAGUGCUGUACAGCUUUAUUAAAUGGUGCGGAGGCUGUGUAAAUAUUUAGCCUCUGAGCAUCUCACCCGGUCAAUGGGUGACAGUUUUAUAAAUAGCCUAUGGGCCUUUUUCCUGUUCUUCA